AUGUACUGCGGGGUUCCACAGGGGUCUGUUUUGGGCCCGACGCUGUGGAAUCUCGGGUACGACGUGGUGCUUCGGGCGGCCCUUCCCCCAGGCUGCGACGUCGUCUGUUACGCCGACGACACGUUAGUCAUGGCUCGAGGGGAGGAAUGGAGAGAGGCCGCGGCUGUAGCAACCGCAGCCGUGGCCAGCGAAGGCAGGAGAGAGACCACCCGCGACAACCAUAAACGUCGGAGGGUCCCGUAUCCCUGUGGGGUCCAAGAUAAAGUAUCUGGGCCUCUGGAUGGACUCUGGGAAUUUACACAGCACUUUGAUGCUCUUGCUCCCAGAGUGGACAGGAUGGCGAACGCGCUGAGUCGCCUCCUGCCCAAUCUUGGCGGUCCAAGUGCCAAAAUUCGGCACUUAUACGCAAAUACCGUCCGGUCGGUGUCCCUUUACGGGGCACCGAUUUGGGCAAACGACCUGGUGGCCAACAAACGCGCCAUAGCCUUGGUGAGGAAGGCGGAUAGGCGCAUGGCCAUCAGAGUCGCCCGGUGUUACCGGACGGUGUCGUAUGUCGCGGCCACGACCCUGGCGGGGGUGCUUCUGUUCGACCUAGUCGCUGCGUCGCGUGCCGAAGCUUAUCGGUGCGCGAUUGAGGUCGGACGGAGCGGUAUUGCCCCCGAAGACAUCCCCAGGGAAAUGGAUAGAGAGAAAGCCAGGGCCCGGAGGUGGGCGCUCAGGGAGUGGAGACACCGACUGGGCGAACACGCUACUCCGGGUCUUCCUGGAAUUAGGACUGUCGAGGCCAUCCAGCCCUACCUACGGGAGUGGGUAGGUAGGAGAGGAGGAGGAAUUUCCUUCCGCAUGGCGCAGGUUUUCGCCGGGCAUGGUUGCUUCGGUGAAUACCUGUGCCGCAUUGGGAAAGAGCGCACUACGCGGUGCCACCACUGUGCGGCCGACCUGGACUCGGCGCGGCACACGCUUGAGGAUUGCUCGGCGUGGGCCGGGGAGCGUCGGGUUCUGGUCGAGGUGGUGGGUGAAGACCUCUCCCUCCCUUCCCUUGUUAGGGGAAUGUUGGAGGGGGAGGAUGCAUGGGAGGCGGUCUCCUCCUUCUGUGAGACGGUCAUGUCUCGGAAGGAGGAGACCGAGAGAGCAAACGGCUCCCUUGCUGAGGGACCGUGCAAAGCCCAACGACUCCGACAGGGUCCAACCCAAUCGCUGGAAGGAGACGGGGACUCUGACUUCAAACCCCCGGGGCCUGAAACCGAUAGGUGUGUUUUGCACACCACCAGGAUAGAGGAGUCGACCUCGAAAAAAAAUCCGGAACCUAGCCAACCUCGUCAGCACGCCGGUGUUCCGGCAUAA